GUACAGUGUUUUCAGUAUUACUUGUGGCUAGUUUUUCUCUGAUGAACUUGUCCUUAGCUGGACAUAGAAGCUUAUUUAUUUAACAAAUGAGGGUGAGCAAUAUAUUAUACUCACCCAUUAAUCUGUCGUCUUCAUUCAGCGAAUCAACAACAAAGAAAUAUAAAUGCACAACUUGAUGAUAAACCUUUUUAAUAAUGCCUGCAAUUUAACAUAAUACAUAUGGCUUAUAGUGUACGAUGAAGUGUAUUCACUAUUCCCAGCACUGAAAACCAUGUUUCAGAAUGGGUAAUUUAUUUAUCACAACAGCUUUCCUCGUCUACUGUUUGGAGCGUCCUUAGUUUGCCAUGUCAGUUCGGGGAGAGGCGACCGCUGAUGCCAUCAACCUGUUCUAUCAGAUGGUGACAGCUUUACCUGGGGAUCAGCCCCCAGUUGUCAUGACUCGUGAAGGGCUGCACUUCAUACACAUCAGACAGGGGGGGCUGUACUGUGUUGCCACGACAACCACCAAUGCAUCCCCAUUCACCAUCAUCGAGUUCCUCAACAGAUUGGCAGCACUGAUUAAGGACUACUGUGGCAGUCUCUCAGAGAAGUCCGUCAGGAUGAACUUUGCCCUAAUUUAUGAGAUGCUGGAUGAAAUGCUGGACUAUGGCUACAUCCAGACCACCUCUACAGACAUUCUGAAGAACUUUAUCCAGACGGAGGCUGUUAGCUCCAAACCCUUUAGCCUGUUUGACCUUAGUAAUGUGGGACUGUUCGGCGCAGAAACCCAGCAGAGUAAAGUUACUCCUAGUGCAUCUGCCAGUAGGCCCAUAAUGUCAAGCCGAGGAGAUCAGGGAGGGAAGAAUGAGAUUUUCGUGGACGUGGUGGAGCGGCUUACGGUGGUUAUCGGCGCUAACGGUGUGCUGAUGAAGGUGGACAUUCAGGGUGAGAUCAAGGUGAAAUGCUACCUGCCCACCUGUUCAGAGAUGAGGAUUGGGCUGAAUGAAGAAUUCAGUGUUGGCAAGUCCCAGCAACGAGGUUAUGGGGCUGCAGUGCGAGUGGAUGAGUGCAAUUUCCACCAGGCCGUGCGACUAGAUGAGUUUGACAGUUACAGAAUCCUGAAAAUCUGUCCUAGUCAGGGCGAGCAAACGGUGAUGCAGUACCAGCUAUGUGAUGACUUGCCCUCUGCACCUCCCUUUCAACUCUUCCCCACAGUGGAGAGAGACAAAAGUGGCCGGCUGUUAAUUUACCUGAAACUCAGAUGUGACCUGCCACCCAAAAGUGCUGCCAUAAACGUUUCUGUUACUGUACCUAUACCCAAGGGCUCAUUAAGCAUGUCCCAGGAGCUCAGCAGCCCAGACCAGAGGGCGGAGCUCCAGCCCAGCAGCAAAGCAGUUCAUUGGGAGAUCCCUCGCUUCCCAGGUGGCGCUCAGCUCUCUGCACUUUUCAAGCUCGAGGUUCCAGGCUUGAGUGCUGCCUCACUACUAGAAGUAGGUCCGGUCAGUAUGAGCUUUGAGCUGCCAAAGCACACCUGUACAGGCCUGCAGAUCCGCUUCCUUCGCCUGACCCCAGUCCAGCCCAACCCAUCUCCACGCUGGGUGCGUUAUGUCACCCACUCAGACUCUUAUACUAUACGCAUCUAAUAAGCCCUGCCAAACCCUGGAUCUAGCAUGUCCAUGUGUCAGUUGAAAGAAAUUUCUUGUGGGAUUCCUCGUCUUUCAUUCCUUAUAGUUGGGAUUUCCUCAAGUGGGAGUGAAGAGGUAACAUCUGUAUCUUCUGUCUUGGUUAAUAGCAAUCCCUGAUCCCCUCUUUCAGGCACACGAUGAAUGCAUUAAUCUGAAUUCGCAGCCUAACAGAUGUGACUAUCCGUAAGGCGGAUAGGUGGAACUGAUCAAUGAAAACUUUGCCUUUGUGAGCCUCCUUAGGUCUUGCAGAGCAGUAUUUCUUAACCUGGUCCUCAGAGACCUCCAAGCAGCACAUGUUUUUGCUUGAGCUGUGAACAGUCCAGUCUGGUGGUUUUAUCUUAGAUAAGAGUGAUUGAGUAAUCAAUAUUAAAACAAUACUGAGUGUUAUUAAAUGUUACCAUUCACACAAUGUCCUGUGGAAUAAAGCCAUCAUUCUGGAUUCUCACCAUACCUCUUUAAUAGAUUUGUCAAAGUGCAGUGUCCGGUAGCAGUGACCUUAGUGUUGUUUCAAUACCCUUCCUGCCUGAAUGUUACAUUUUUACGGUCAAUUUUCCUGAUGCUUGUUCGCAAGAAAUAGAGGUCUUUUGAAUUGGCGAGCUGUCAGCAGAUGUCCUUAAAAGUGUAAAGUUGGAUGAGAAGGGUAACAAGUCUGCAGAAGGUUUUUUUUUUAUUUCUGAAUGACUAUUCUAUUCUGAAUGACUAUCCUAUUUUAAUUAGGUGAUAAAUCACCUAUGGAAUGCAAUAUUCUUUUACAGGGGGUGCCAAGGGUGCGUUUGUACGUGAAAACACUGAAGUUUUCAAAUGAUGUAUGAGUGAAUGAAUAAAUGUUCGAUAAUUGAUUACAA